GCUAAUUAUAAAUAGAGUACAGAUGUGUACAAACGAAUUGUACGUCUAUCGAUCUUUAGAUUUUAUUUCGAGCCAUGUCGUUGAAUUUCUUUCCGCAAUGACAACCCGACAUGCUGUACUAACAUAGCCCUAGCUAAUUUUACACACAAUACAGUUGUAUCUCAAUGGACUUCUAUUCUUAGAACUUCUCGAAUCUCUAUAUAUUGGCCUGAUCAUCUUCUUCACCUCAAACAUUUCUUGUGCAUAUCUCCCUGCUCUCAUAUACAUUCAUCCUCCCCGACCAAGGAUCCUUUUAACAUGGGCUACGAUGACCAGAAGAUUCAAUACCAGCCCGAAGAUGCUCCUAGUAAGGGUCUUUAUGGUGCAAUGCCAUCAGGCUAUACUGUUCGACCACAAGGUUAUGGUGCAAUGCCAUCGGGCUAUAGUACUGUUCCACCACCAGGCUAUGGUGCUUCGCCGCAAGCCUAUGGUGCUCCUCCGAAGGGCCCUUAUUCUGCUCUGCCACCAACCUAUGGUGUUCCUCUUCAAGGUCCUUAUGUAGCUCCACGGCCAAUCUAUGUCGUUCCGCCUCCGACAUGCCCUUGCCUGAGAAAUGAUCAAUGGCACGCUCAAAACCCACAUCCUAAGAAAACUGAAUCCGAUUGUGAACAAUUUUGGACGGCAUGUUGCGGUGCCCUGUUGUUCUGCUGCAUCAUGGAUGCUAUUUUCUGAAGAUUCGAAGCUGUACUUUUUCGAGGAUUGGAAGCUAUUUUCGGCAAUUGAUGAUGAAUGUUAUCACCUGACGAUUUGUAGUUUUUCGAAUCUG